GAACCUGUGACAUCCUUCCAUACAGUUUCUUUAUUUUCAGUGUGUCUUUCUCACAGCCAGCCCAGUCCCGAGCCCAAAUUGCUCCAGUCCUCAUCGCAUGGAUAAAGUUCACACUGACCGCGAGGGAGGGUUUGUAUCCACUUACCGCGCAUAUACUCGAUUGUGCCGUCCAGCACCAGGUUCAACAGAGGAUCAAAACCUUUCAGGACACCGCUGGCUAAGAGGGAGAUAUACAUCGUUAAGCUUGCAUUAGUCAAGAACAAAUAACUGGCUUCAAGCCAAUAGUCAGUCAGGGGGAAAGUCUAUUAAUACCACCAGCUGCUGUGUUGUAAACCAGAAGGAGGCCGAGCCACUGUGCAAACUACGGCUGGCGUGGCUGUUUGUUGUGUCAUGGCCUGCAGAGCUGACACUGAGCCGACACUUCAGAGCUUUAGAUUGACAGUAUUCUCUGAGCAGAUGAACCAACUGGAGGAGGAUAAAUCAGCUUUACAUGUGAAAGACUCUGAGCCUGAUAUCCCUGAUGCUACUCUACAGGUAGAAGGUGAGAGUUUUUAUGUCAACCGUCAAUGUCUGGCCCACCAGAGUCCCUACUUCAGGGCUCUGUUCUUUGGCUUUGGUGUAGAGAACAGCAAAAGGAAAGUUGAAAUCAAAGGUGUGGGCGUGCAGCCUUUCAGGGUCUUGAUGGAACAUAGCAGGACAUUCAGGCUGGCUUUGGACAGAGAAAAUGUUCUUGGGAUCCUUGAGACUGCAGACUUCCUCCAGCUUGAGCGAGCCAGGCUUUUGUGCUGCAAGUUCCUGGAGCGUGAGCUGCACCUCAGUAAUUGUUUGGGAAUGAUGGCUUACGCCUGGCAGCUGGGCUGCAUACAGCUCUACACCGUAGCACGACAGGUGGUACUCACGCACUUUUCUGCUAUCGUCGCUGAAGAGGACUUCCUGUCCCUAUCUAAGGAGACCGUAGCAGAUCUUCUCGCCAGUGAUGACCUGGCCAUCCAGACGGACGAUCUGGCCCUGGAGGCCAUCCUACGCUGGGUGUCAUUUGACCCUAAACGAGAAGAACACUUUCUGGACCUCAUUGAGCUGAUUAGACCUGAGUCUCUCUCUUUACCAUUUAUCACUGAACUUUUGACCCAAAUGAAAAGCUCUGACCCAAGGGCCAAGCUCAUCUGCAUGCUGAAUGAACAUUUCCCAGCAACUUGGUCAAUGGGCAGGUCAAUGAAGAGGACCAGGGCCAGAGAGACCCUGUUUGUUCUGGGUGGACCUCACGAUCAGGAGCAACAGGCACUGUACCAAUUUCACCCUCUCAGUGGUAGAUGGCAGAGCUGCGCACCUCUGCAGAGGAAGAACCUCACACAGUACUCGGUAGCUGCAGUAGGAGACAAUGUGGUUGUGACAGGUGGUUACUUCCGGGAAGUGCUGUGGUUCAGCGUGGACUGGGUCAGGAUAUACGAAUGUGGGAACCAGUGCUGGGUGGAUGCACCAGCCCUGCAGAAGUCCAGGCACAGCCACUGCUCCAUGGGGCUGGACUCAGUACUGUAUGUCCUGGGUGGAAGUACGGAUGAAGGGCUUUUGGCCGAUGUCGAAAGGCUGGUCCUAGGGUCAGUGGAGGGUUGGGAGGAGGUCAGCCCCAUGGUUAGGGCUGUGGAGAGGGCAGCCACUGUGGCUCUGGGGUUGUGCAUCUACGUGGCGUGUGGCCUGGAUGAAAACGGAGAGGUGUAUAAUGGAAUUCAGAGGUAUAUGGUGAAAGAGGAUCAGUGGGAUGUGGUCUCCUAUUCUCCAUUUCCACGAUAUGACCUGGUUGCAACUGAGCUCAACAGUGCCCUCUACCUGUUCGGAGACCAAACCUUGCGUUUUGACGUGGAGACAGAUGAGUGGACUGUGCUGGAGGAGAAAUAUCUGGACAGGAAGUUUUUCUGUGGCUGCACCACUGCCAGCGGCCAGAUAUAUCUGGUCAGUGAGAGGAAGUGUAACAAAGCAUCCUCAAACAUGGUACUGAUAGACCCUUACAUAGACACUUGCAUUGAGGUAGAUGAUGCCAUACCCUGCCCUGUGCCCCUCAGAGGGUGUGUGACCAUGAGAAUGCUCACGUGAUGGUGUGUGAUGUGACUGACUUAAAUGCAUUAAUCUACUCUACAUAACACUAUAUGUAUUUAGGCAUACCAGAAAUGUCAUUCUUGUCUUGAAAAGCACUUGUCUAAUAGAUUUUUAUGUAAGAGGUUGUGAUUUCUGGGUGAAUAAAUUCAGAAAUGAAAAGCUGUUUCAUAAAAGCUUCAAUACAAAAAUGGACUGAAUUAACACAUUCAAAACUAGUAAAGCAGACAAAAUAAGGUAUCAGUGCUAUCAUCUUCAAUAGAAGUA